AUAAAAGGGGGCGUAUCUUGUAGGUUUAGACCAUCACCGUCUUGCAUCAGAAUAGCAAAGAGAAGGAGAUGUGUAAAACAGACUCAAGAAGAGAGAUCCGGGUACACAAAGCUAACUCUCUAAAUUAGCGAAUUGAGUGUUCAAUAUUCCACGUGCGGGGGCGUUUCUUCUAAAUAGCGCACAGCUCACCUCCUCGAGUGUGUACGAGUAAGCUGGCGGCCACUGACAAGCCUGCUGACUAACUCUAACGCUCUAGGAGGAAAGGACGGAGGCUUGGCUCGGCAGGAGUACCGAUGGGUGGAGGGAGAAACGGACGCUACAUGAAGUGGCUGGUAGCCUUGCUAGUGUUUCUGGGUACGGUGUACGUGUUCUACCAGUACCGCGGACUGAGUAGCUCCUUGCGAGAGAAGGAGGAGGAGCUGGAGCGAUUGGAGGACCUUCAAAGUCGCCUAGGAGACCAGCUGAAAGAUUUGGCUGGAAGCCACACCUCCAUGCAAGAUGAGCUAAAGUUGGAAAGGGUUAAUCAUCAUCGGACCAGAAUGGAGAAGAGCGCACUGGACAAACAAUGCCAGGCAGACCUCAAGUCCCUGAAGGAAACUGCAGACUCGGAAAAAUUCAAGCUGGAGCAGGAGCGAGAAAAUUGCAAGAUGGAGAUGGAGGAAAUGAAGGAUUCGAAGCAGAGAAUACAGACUCAGCAGGAUUCUCUACUAUCGCGCUACGAUGAAGACAUUGCUGCCUGCGAAAAGGAAAAAAACCGAAACGCAGAGAGACUUGGUUCGUACGUGACAGAUAUAGCAAAGGGCAACACUGCAAAACAGAGGGCCGAGGCUGAGUUGACACAAUGCAACACCCAACUGGCAGCAUUAGAAGACAGUCUCCACAUGAAGGACUUCCGAUAUUCCUCACUUCAAAACGAUCUCCUCAAUUGCCAGGAGGACCUGCAAACUAUGACCUCACAAAAGGAAAAGAUUGAAGAAGAAAUGGAGGAACUGAAGCGACAAGGUCUUCCCGGGAAAAUGGCGGGAAACAUGGAUCACCUGACUGACAAAGACGCGCUGUUUAAGGCCAUGUCUGAGAAACUGAGUCGCGGGGAGCUACUGAACGAGCAUGAGAAAAAGAUUCUCGAGCUACUGAAAAACGGACCCCCCGAGGAAGGGGACCAGAAAUUUGACACCUGGGGGGCUAGAAACGCGAGGCAGAAUCCCUAUGUCAGUGACGGAGGAGAGAGGGGUGGGAAAGCUCAGCGGUUCCCCCAAAUUCCCCACGGGCAGCCCCCCGCUGCUCAGAAAUUCAGACCCCCAGUGGGGGAUGGAAGAUUCCCCGGUUACAAUCCAGUUGGUGGUGGAGGUCGUGGAAUGGAACCGAAUCUGGGGCGUGUCCCUGGUGGAAUGGGAACGAAACGGAGCUCCAGCGAGAAACAGCAACUCCCGGAGCUCGCCGAGCAAGAGGAGGUGAAAGAGCUACAGAUUGAGGACCAAGAGCCGCAAGGAAGGGUAGCGGGUGUCGGUGUAGCAGGGAGAGAGGGAGGAGGGGAGGACGGAGAUCAAGGAAUGGACGAGCAGGCAUUUGACCCGGAAGAGAAGAAACCGGGGGAGGAGGAGGAGGAGGAAGAGAGGGAUUACAAUUUCGAUCAGGUUCAGGAGAAGCCGGUUGAAAAUCUCAAUCUUCCGGUUCCUGGAGGAGGACAAGGUGGAGCAAAUCCAGAUCCUCACAGAGUGGUGGUGGAUGGAGGUGGAGCCAAGGUUCACUCUCCUCCAAAGUUUGAGAAUCCCGACACGGCCUUUGACAACCCGGACCAGAUGAAUGAGCAGGAAGAACUGGAGAAAGAACAAAACGGAGAAGAAGAGGAAGGCAUGAAUAACGACGAGUUGGCACACAGGCAGUUUGAAGAAGACAUGAGAAUGGACCGGGAGGAGAGACUGAGGAUUAAGGCCGUUCCCAGGGGUCGCGGUAUGGAACAGGGGCAGCGGGGAUGGAAUGGGGACCGUGGUGGUAUGGAACAGGGACAGCAGGGGGUGGAUUAUGUAAUGAGACAAGAGAUGAAUGUCAACGACCAGAGGAGAAAGGAAGUGAGCAAUCAACUCGAGAUUGAAGAGCUACAGAGAAGAUUGAACCAACCACGUUUCGGACAGAGAGACAAUCUUAGAUGAUGAGAAACGUAAUAAUUAUUUCCUACUCUCAAUUCAUACAUGUGUCUCAAUAUUUUGAUUUGUAUCAUUACAGAGAAAAUCAGAUUUUUUUUCAUGCACAUUUUGUGAGGGAAGAGAGCCCACCAGCUAAUUACAUUGUUGUCCAUAUUAUGUCUGUGUAAUGACCGGCUGUUAGCAAUGGGCGGAACCGUUAACAAACGAACAUACACCAUAUGAACACGAGGUGUCUGUCUCACCUCCCAGACACCUCAACUCACCCCUUCCACCAUGCAGCGACACCCUGCAGCUCCCCAGACGC